GAUGUUUAAAUACAUUCCCCAUAUUUUGCAACACAUUUUAUUAUCUUACGUUUAACUGCUUAGCUAUGCUGAUAAAAGCGCAAGUCAACGAAUUAAAGUAUUAUCGUAGACAUGAUAACUUAAGCGCUCCGAAAGCCGGCAAUGGAGCGCAGUGGAGAACUGGAGGUGGACGAGCACGUGCUCACCGAGUGAUAGAAUUUUUUUUUCCGUGCUAAAUAAGGUGAUUCACUUUUGGUGGGGAGCUAGCGAGCGAAUGGGAACGCGCGCGAGUCAGCACACAGAGCGAGAUUAACAAAAAGAACGAAAGAGCGAGCGAGCUGGAGAAUCUUUGGGGAGCCAGUGUGCGUAGCGUGUGCACGUGAUCGAGAGAGACAGCGUAAAUGAAAGAGAAAGAACGUGAAUGUAAACGAUGUUAAAGCGAAUUCGUAAGAGGAAGUGAGAUGAACGAUGAACGAUGAACGAGUAUAUCGGAAUACUCAGUGACGUAUCUUGAGCGUAUCAGAAUCAGAAAUAAGAAUAGUGAAUUCUGUUUUCUGCCUCUAAAAUAGAAAAAAUAACGUCUUACUGGAAAACUGAUUAAGCAUUUUACGAGGCAAAAACGUAAUUUGCAAAGUGCAUUGACAGGUAAUGAGUAUUUUGGCGUAACGCUAAUUUUAAUCAAUACUCCGUGCACAUCGAUACUCGCGUCGACCCUGAGGUAAAGGAGCGAGCAGGACGGAGAUUGCUCGUAUAAGUAAAUGAAUGAAUGAGUGCGAGAAGGUCGCGAUAAAGCCGCGAUAAAGUUGCGAGUGAGACGGAAGAAGUGGGAACGUAGAGAGGGAAAUCCGUGUAUUCACGGCACGAAACUCCAUCGUUGUGCAUUAUCACCGUUGAAAUGCGUCUCUGUCGGUCGUCACGCGUCUACCUUUUCGCAUCGCACCUGACGCAGGUGUGCUAACGAACUCCGGUACGCACUACGGUACGGACGAGGUGAAAUCGUCGCGAAAUUUGCGUGUGAGUUUUCCGUUCGUUUCUCUCUUAGAACCGGCGGGAUCGCGCGACUAGAAGCAAAGAGAACUGAACUGUAAGGGGCGAGCGCGAAUCUUAUUGGCAAGCUAGUUAGCAACUAAUUAGCGUCCAAAAACCGCGGUCUCGUCGCUGCAGCUGGCUGCAUCGUCGGAGAAUGUUUCUCGUAACACCGGUCGACAAUAAUCGUUGGGUCUACGCGAUGCACGGAUUGGAGAAGCCUAUGGAUCAUGUGUCCGCCGGCGGUGUCAUGGCAGGCUCCGUUGCCACUUUUGCGAUCCUCUGGAUGUCCCUGCAGACGAUGGGACUUCUGGGACACUCCCAUUCUAUCGGCACGUACAAGCUGCCCGAGUCCUUGCAGAAUUAUCUUGCCAGUUACACCGAUACACUUUCAGGACUGCCAGCCACUAAUUACGGCUCCGAGGCCAUCGUUGACACGGGUCAUUUCCAAAACCAAAGAUUCCCCCGAAUCGACGGAGCGACUCUGAACAGUUCGAUCACAUUCGCGCAGACACUGAUCGAUCGUAUGAGCACUCUCGAGAGAAAUAUCGCGAAUGCUGGUAUUGCACUCAAGGAUCACAGUCCAGCUCAGAAACAGUUCUGGAAUUCCUAUCCUUCCACAGACGCGUUUGAAAGGGGCAUCGAUGCUAUCGUAGCUACAAAGGCAUCGUCGUAUCUCGUACAUCAAAACUGCCGAAGGUUCGGUUUAGAUAAGAAUGACUGCGCCCGCUAUAUAUCGACGUUGGGGCUGCAGGGCACCCCGCUCGGUGAGUCUUGUGCCGCGGUGCAUAGCGUGGAAUGCGACGAAACCGCGAAGUACCGUAGCAUCGACGGCACCUGCAAUAACAUUGAGAAUCCGAGCUGGGGCAGCGCGAUGACCGCGUACACCAGAGUUCUCUUCUCCCAAUACUUCGACGGCAUCCAAGAACCGAGGCAUGUCGGACAAACAAAGAAAGCACUGCCAAGCCCGAGGCUCGUAAGCGCCGCUUUGUCCAUCGCGAACGAUCAAUCGGACGCUAGCAGGACGUUGGCUGUGAUGGAAUGGAGCCAAUUCAUCGCUCACGACUUAGCCUACACCCCAGUUCGCAAGAUGAUCUCAAAUGGAAAACCAAUCUCUUGCUGUCAGCCGGAUGGAGACACCUUGUCCCCGCGUCACAUUCAUCCGGAUUGUUCUCCUAUCAGCGUGCCAGAUCGCGAUCCCGUUUAUGGCGAACAUUAUGUUCGGUGCAUGAAUUACGUUCGUUCGUUACCUGUCUUGCGAUCUGAGUGCACUUUCGGACCUGUAGAACAGAUGAACCAAGUAAGCCACUUCUUGGACGGUUCCGCGAUUUACGGAUCCACUUUAAAGAAAUCCCGCGAGCUUCGCGCGUUUGAAGGCGGACGUCUGCGCGUCGACAUGAAAAACAAUCGCGCAUACUUGCCGAGAGAAGGUGCCGAGCUCGCAUGCGGAGAGAAUUGCUACAAUUCCGGUGACGAACGCGUGAACAUCGAACCUCAAUUAGCUGUGAUCCACACUAUUUGGCAUCGCGAGCACAAUCGCAUCGCCGACAAGCUUGCCAAAUUAAAUCCGAAUUGGUCGGACGAGAUUUUGUAUCAGGAAGCAAGGCGCAUCGUGAUCGCCGAGGUUCAACACAUCACUUACAAGGAGUGGCUGCCAAUUUUGCUUGGCAAAAGAUACGCUCGAGCCAUCAAUCACAAUGUAGGGAAUGGUUACAGUCAAAAUUAUAAUUCUGACGACGAACCGGCGGUCAGCAACGAAGCCGCCACCGCGGCUCUGCGUUUCUUGAACUCAUUGAUGCAAGAAAAGCUGAGUCUGCCGGAUAACUCUCGCCAGCAGAACAGAACUCUACAGCUGGCGGAGCACUUCUUUAAUCCGCGCGUGAUCGAGUCGGAGGAGGUGUUCGAUGGAUUGGUGCGUGGUCUCGCCACUCAGACCAGCCAGAAAAUGGACAUCAGUCUCGUUUCAGACAUGACAAGCAAGCUGUACACCAGCAACGGCAAUGAUUUAGGCUUGGAUGCCAUCAGCUUGGACAUUGAACGUGGCCGCGAUCAUGGCCUCCCUGGGUACAAUCACUAUCGUAAAUACUGUGGGUUUUCCGCCGCCAAGACUUUCGAGGAUUUCCUAGAUUAUAUUCCCUCAGAGAUGGUAAAGAAACUGCGUACAAUUUAUUCCCAUCCCAACGACGUCGAUCUCAUCGUGGGCGGUAUGGCGGAGAGAUUGGCAGAUGAUGGUAUGGUCGGCCCGACCUUCCGUUGUCUCAUUUACGAGCAGUUCUCCCGAUCUCGGCGUACCGAUAGAUUCUUCUACGAUUCCGCGAUGCAACCGCAUCCCUUUACACUUGAACAAUUGACUCAACUGCGUAACGUCACCUUGGCGCGAAUAUUCUGCGACAACGGCGACGACAUCACGCACAUGCAGCGUAACGUGUUUCUCAAGCCGCAGGGCGGGAACGAAUUGAGACACUGCACAGACUUCGAGGCGAUACCCAGCGUGGAUCUCUUCGCCUGGGCGGAGCGAGCGAAGGCGUAUCGUUGAAGUCUUUAAUUAAUUGGCUGGUCACAAACAAUAAUUGCGUCCGUUCGCCCGUAGACGUAGUGCGGGCUUGAGAGGAAGAGGGCUUACGGAAAGUGCAAGAGCGAGUGCACGCUCGGGGAAAAGCGAUUGUGUGAGACUACGUAAUGGUCUCAUCAGAAUCGUCGGCGCGAUAUCACGACACACGACGUCGCGCUCACCCACGAUGAAACAUGACAAGAGGCAAUACGAAGCAGAGCAACGGUGAAAUCACGUGACUAGUCGAUUAAGAAAAUAUCUAAUAGCUGGAAUGAGAAUUAAAUGGCGCGAAUGCAAAAUCGAGUUGCAGAUGAAUGAGCGGACAAACAAUCUAUUUACCAAUCGAGUCUCAAUUGUUAAAAAGACCGCAUUGAGGGUUCGUCACUCUGCAAUUAAUUUCGCUCGCAGGACUGCAUUUCGCGACGAUCUGAUAUUAUUAUAGUCUGACAUAGACGUAUUUGUAGAUAGUCUCGUGUAUCUAUGUGGAGAUGUAUGUGCGCGGAGGAUGUUUAACAGUGCAUAUUAUCGGCGUAUUACGCUUACGUAGAGGGUUGUGUUGAGUCGAGGCUUAAGUUUAAAGUACUUAGCGUCUUAUCAGUUUUGUGAUGAUUUAGAUUAUAUAUAUAUAAAGUGGGUACAAUUUUUAUAUAUUAGAUAUAUACCUAAGCGAUCAUUGCAAUAUUGUUCCUCGUUAUGCAAGAUUGUAAGUAUCUGGUCAAUGAAUAUUGAUUAUCAAUGAAUAUUGAUUUCAUCAACAAAUAUGAAUAAUACGAGAGAAAGAAAUGUAUGUAGAUGUUCGAGGAGAGCACACGAAGUAUUACAAUUGCGAAAAUAAGUAAUGCAUUUUUUUCACUGUCUGAAAUAAAUCGAGUUGUGGAUAAAACGAAGCUAUAACUGAAAGCAAUAAUUUAUUGAACGAACGAUUGGUGGUUUUUACGUCAUAAGAUAUAACAAAAGGAUAUAUUAAAACAGCUUAUUUUUUAUACGGUAACAUAUCGAUAUAUUCUGUAAACGUUGUCCGAACGUUUGGACGGUGUUAUCGAAGGAUGUGUUCUUUAUGUCAAGACUUGCACAAUAUUUGCCAAAAAUAUUUAUUCAGACGUCAGUUUAUUACAAAUUUACACACACAAUUGUUAAAACUUUUCUAUUUAUAAAAAUGUAAUCAUGAAUAUUUGUAAUUCAGUCUUUCGAAAUUGAAAUAAUUACAUGUUUACUUUACACAAAACUGCGAGAAAUUUGUAAACAGCAACGUAUGGGAAUAAAUUAUUAAUUUUAUCAAGUG